AUGCAGAUGUAUUUUGGUGUGCCAGUAGGGAUUGUGCGUCACGUGCCGACGGACCGGGGAUGGCGGCAGCUGCUGGCGAGGGCGCCGGCUGCUUGCCGUGUUAAUCAGAUACUUAUGGACAUGCUGCUUCUGCUAAGAUGUUGUAUUGAACGCUGGAGCCCUCCAGGAGUUUUGCAUUGUGUGUGUGAUGCUGCCAAGCUGGCUCUGCCUGCAGGGGGCCUUGGUUUGUGGGACAAUUCGCUGCUUGCACCCCCUCUGCAUCAUGCUUUUUUCGAAAGGGUGCUGGCUGCGGUCACAAAGGGCGUGCUAUCCUGUGCUGGCACCAAAUGUUCGCCGACCACAGUUGUGCUAUAUAUUCAAGGGGGUGCGUCUUCUGCGCCUGUGGGCGCUGGGGGUGAUAAUGAAAGUCUAACGCGGUUUGUAGAUCAGUGCUGCAGUGUUUGCACUCCAAGUAUGCAGGCGGUGAGUGUAUACAUGGGGUCCACAUUCGACACACCGCUCAGUUCAGUCAACCCACUGGCGUGUGCUGUGUUCAGGGUGGUCUCCAUCAGGCGUCGAUGCCCCUGA